UUAGUUUCACACAUACACACUGCUGUCUGAAAAUGGUGGAUUUUGGAGAGAUUCUGAGAACAAUCGGUGACUUUGGUUUCUUCCAGAAGCUCAUCAUUUUUGGGUUGACCUUACCAAAUGUCUUACUGCCUGUUUUGUUUUGUAGUUUUCUUUUUAUCCAGUCAGAUCCGGAGCGACACUGUAACACAGACUGGAUCCUUCAGGCCGACUCUAACCUGACCACAGAUGAUCAGCUGAACCUGACUCUGCCCCGGCAGGAGGACGGGACCUUCAGCAGGUGUCAGAUGUUUGUCCCUGUGGACUGGGACAUUGGUGACAUCAGGGAGUUCGGACUCAAUGAGACCACAGGGUGCCAGAAUGGAUGGGUGUACUACAACACGCUGUAUGAAGCCACCAUAGUCACUGAUUUCGAUCUUGUCUGUGACAAGUCCAACAUGGCUAAUGUUGUGCAGACAAUCUUCAUGUCUGGUCUACUUGUUGGUUCAUUCAUCUUCGGACCUACAGCUGAAUCGUACGGCCGCAGGAGAACCACCCAGUUACCAGCUGUCCUCUUGCUAAUAUUCGUCAUAGUUGCUGGUGUGUCUCCAAAUAUCUACGUUUACAUAGUGUCGCAGUUCAUAGUUGGAGCUGCACUCGGAGGAUAUAGAAUUAACUCCACCGUUUUAGCUACAGAGUGGAUUGGGGUCUCCAAAAGGUCCUUUGCUUCCUGUAUGAGCCAGAUGUUUUCAGCUCUUGGACAGUGUGCCAUGGCUGGUCUGGUCUAUGCUAUCCGUGACUGGAGAAUAGCACAGUUUGUCAUUGCAGGAGCACAGGCUUUUGUAUUGUUGUACAUAUGGUGGAUUCCUGAAUCUGCAAGGUGGUUGCUUGGACAGGGCAGAACCAAAGAAGCAUAUAAAUUGAUACAUAGAGUUGCAGCAAUCAAUAAAAAAAAAAUCCCAGAGAAUCUGCUGAAUGAGGUAACUGGGGAACGAGAAGUUGAAAGUGGAGGAAUGAAAGCCAUUUUUACCUCACCAGUCCUGAUGAAAUAUUUAUUCAUUAUAUCCUUUGCUUGGUUUUCAUUCAAUCUCGGCUACUUCUGCCUCGUUCUGAAUGUGGGUAAGUUUGGUCUGAACAUCUUCCUGGUUCAGUUCCUGUUUGGGAUUUCUGAGAUACCAGCACAUCUCCUCUGUAUCUGGGUUCUGGAGUUGAUAGGGAGAAGGAAAUCCCUGAUGUCAACCCUCCUGGUAGGCAGUUUGGUUUGCCUCUUAACCCUGGCUUUCCCUCGAGACAGCGCUGUUGUUAUCACAGCCCUUGUUACCACUGGAAAGUUCUUUUUGAACUGGGCCGGUUCAGUAUGUAUGGUCUACAUUCAGGAGUUGUUUCCCACUUCUGUCAGGCAAACAGCUGUUGGCUUGGGCUCCAUAGCCUAUAGAGGAGCAGGCAUGCUGUCUCCGUUACUCAACAUGUUGGCCAUAUACCACUGGUCCAUACCCAUCGUAGUCUUCAGCAGCCUUACACUGAUCAGUGGAGCUCUUGUCUUCCUGCUUCCAGAGACCAGGAGAAUAGAGCUUCCUGAUUCAACUAAUGAAACCGAGGGCAUCAGGAAAAUGACCACCAAGAAGAUGGGAAAUGACUCCAACAUGGUCGAACACAACAGCAGAAAAUCCACCAAACUCUAGCUGGAAUUCCGUAUUUUUCUAUUACAGAUGUUUUUGUUGUGCGUAUUUCUAUCUGGAUGGUAUUUUGACUUCAUUGUUGCUGAGUCAUCCAGUGUGUUUUCUCAUAUACUGACCUAAUGUAUGUCUUCUUUACUGCUGUCAUUACUGUUCUGUGGGAAAAAUAAAACACUGGUAGAGAACAUACUUCUGACUUGUUAUUUAAGUAAAAAGCAGUCAGCAACUCCAUGAAACUACAAUCACUACCAGUGUUUCUUAUUGAGCUAUAUUAGCAUUGAAUUAUAGCUUAAUGGCUGUUGCCAAGAAAUAUGUCUUCGCAGGAAUUAGUGAGGAACCAAGAAAGGUAGGGCUGAUCAUGCACAGUAGCAGAAGCAAA